GCAUUGUUUGCUUUUGGGAUGAUGAUGAGUUCCUCCUCUGGGCCUGGCGUUAGCUGCCUUUACUCCUUCAAGAUACUCCUGAUCGGCGACACUGGCGUCGGCAAGAGCAGCCUCCUCGUCUCCUUCAUCUCUAACAACCUCGUGGUCGACCUCUCUCCCACCAUCGAGUCUAAAAAGGAAAGAAGUAAACAAAAACUUGGUCUCUCUUUGUUGCAGUCAUGGCUUGUACAAAAUUCUUGCUUCUGCUGUUCAUGUGGCUGCUUGAUCAGCAACUUGGCUCCUGUAGCACGGAUCCACAGGAUGUCUAUGCUCUCAGAUCUCUUUCUGGUGAAUGGAAAAAUGGACCUUCGAGUUGGAGGCACUCAGAUGAUCCGUGUGGUAAUUGGGAUGGAGUUAAUUAUAGCAACUCAAUAA